AUGGCAUUGGGGAACAAGGAGUCUUCUCUUCCUGAGAAGACUGCGUACUUGGUAUCCAUGGGAGGAGAGCAUCCUCCGUGGGGCUGCCGUAGCUGGUACUUACAUCCGUGGCCACCAUGGAGACAGCAAAAACGGAAUGCAGGCUUCCAAAAAUGCAAGGCGGGCCAUGAGGGGCGCACAAAAAAAGAACUCUGCAAUAUGAUACUUGACUGCUGCGCUCAGCAAAGAACAUACGAGAAAUUCUUUGGGUUACUGGCAGGGGGGAGUUCUCGUUUCUGCAUGUUGAAGAAGGAAUAUAUGGAAUCGUUUGAAGCUAUUUUCAAAGAGCAGUAUGAUACCAUUCAUCGUUUGGAAACGAACAAACUGAGGAAUGUUGCCAGGAUGUUUGCUCAUCUGCUAUACACUGAUUCAAUUCCCUGGAGUGUACUUGAAUGUAUAAUACUGAGUGAAGAAACUACCACAUCCUCCAGUAGAAUUUUUGUCAAAAUAUUCUUUCAGGAACUCAGUGAAUAUAUGGGACUUCCUAAUCUAAAUGCAAGAUUAAAAGAUGAAACAUUGCAGCCUUUCUUUGAGGGAUUAUUGCCUCGGGAUAACCCAAGAAAUACACGCUUUGCCAUCAAUUUCUUCACUUCCAUUGGCCUUGGAGGACUAACGGAUGAAUUACGAGAGCAUCUUAAAAAUGCACCGAAGAUGAUUAUGACACAAAAACAAGAUGUUGAGUCGUCAGAUUCCUCUUCGUCUUCAGAGACAGACUCUUCCUCAGAUUCGGAUUCUGACAGCAGCAGUAGUAGCUCAGAGUCAUCCAGCAGCAGUGACUCCUCAUCUAGCAGCGACAGCAGCAGUGACUCAGAUGUUCGUAAAGCCAAAAGAAAGAAAAUGCAAAAGAAAAAUAGAGAAUCUGAUAAAGUUUCCAGGAAAAAACAAGAAAGGAAAAGGAAAUCACUUGAAAAGAAAAUUCAAAGGAGGCAGCAAGAGGAAAGAAGUGAUACUGAGAGCAAAUCAGAAAGAAAUCACCGAAACAUGAGCGAAUCACACCGGAGAGAUGAUGUAUCGAAGUACCAUCACAGAGAGGAGUCCAAUGGCAGAGACAGUUACCAUAGUGGGAAGGAUAGAAGCCAUGAAAGAAGUAAGGAUCUAGAAACUAAACACAGUAAUUCAAAACUGAAGAAAGCGGAGAGAAGAGCUUCUUUGUCUGAUGAUGAAAAUUACAGGCACUGGAGCAAAGAUAAUGGACAUCGCAGUAGAAAAAGAGAAAGAUCAAAAUCCGUGGAGAGAGCCCAUAGCAAUUCAAGUCCGAGAGAGGAAGAGCAAGAUGACCGAUACGGAAAUGGCUCAGAGAAACACCGAGAGAAGUACAGCCGUCACUCCGACCCGUACAGAGAAUCCAGAAAGAACGAGGACAGGCGAAGGGAGAAUUCUCCACACAGACGAAAAUAA